AUGCAGAAGAUCCCCGGCUUCUCCGAAAGCGACGGCCAGUUCCGGCGCAAGCCAUCCGCAUUUCGGAAUUUCAUCUCGGCGGAUCCGUCCUCUGCCUUCCCCGCUGAACCGAACCGAUAUGCGCUGUAUAUCCAUCUCGGCUGCCCCUGGGCCCAUCGCACCAACAUCGUGCGCUCCUUGAAAUGUCUCGAAGACAUCAUCCAGCUCAUUGUCCUCGAUGACGCAGAGAUCAAGGACGGAAAGAUGAUGUGGUGCUUCGCGGGCGAGAAGAAGGAUCCGUUGUACGGGUUCAAGUAUCUGAAGGACUUGUAUGAGAAGAGCGAGCCGGGGUACGACGGGCGGUACUUGGUGCCUACGCUUUGGGAUAAGAAGACCGAGACGAUCGUGAGCAACGAGUCUAGCGAAAUAAUCCGGAUGUUCUACACCGAAUUCGACGCCUUCCUCCCAGAACACCUGCGGGAAUCUUCGAAGGGAGAGAAAGGUAUCUUCCCGCCCCAUCUGCGCGCCGAGAUCGAAGCCAUGAACGAAUGGGUGUACGACACCAUCAACAACGGCGUGUACAAGACCGGCUUCGCUACGUCGCAAGCUGCGUAUGAGGAGCACGUGUACCCCAUUUUCGCCUCUCUCGAUCGCCUGGAAGAGCACCUCUCCGACCCGAAACACCAACCCUUCCUGUUCGGCGACCACAUCACCGAGGCGGAUAUCCGGCUGUACCCUACGAUUGCGCGGUUCGAUGUCGCGUAUUUUACCAUCUUUAAGUGCAAUUUGAAGAUGAUCCGGUAUGAGUAUCCGCGGAUUGAUAAAUGGCUGAGGAGGCUGUACUGGGAUGAGACGAAUGGGGAUGCAUUCAAGAAGACGACGGAUUUUGCCGCGUACAAGGCGGGAUAUUCGAGGGCCGUGAAGGCGGCGGUUGUGCCGGCGGGUCCGGUGCCGGAUAUCUUGCCUCUUGAUGCGUGA